AGCAGCCGCGCACACGGUCGUAAGUACUUCCGGUGGGUCAGCGUAGGAUCUCAAAAAAGUUACUCUUUCCCCGCUUAGUUUUACGCAAACUCACAAUACCAGCAGAUUUCUCGAGCGGCAAAACGACGUGCAGCAGAAUGCUUUAACGGAAACCAUCUACGAAACGGACGUAGAAACCCAGCAGACUUUGUGCGCCGCGAGAGAGUGCGUUCGCGAGAGAGGAAGCAGUAUUCAACCAUCUUUCCUCUGCUGGCAAUAACAAGAACAGAGAAGGGUCCAAGUGGGGCUACACUUCUCAAUUUAUACUAUUUUCUGCUUAUUCGCACGCGGAGCCGUGAGGUUGGACUUUUCCCGACCGAUACCGAGGAGUAUAACGCGUCCACAACCGGGAUCGUAGCAUUAGUAGAUUAGCUAUUUGAUUUAGUAUUUCUUUUUUCAUGUUUCCAACAGGUUUACCUUCCCCUAAUCCCCCAUCGCCAGCCCAAGAGCCCAGACCCGCAGCUUCCGAUGUUCACAACGACAGUAGUUUAACGUCUUCUAAGAAGAGAAAAAUUCACAGUUCCGAGAAAGAAGACAUUGAUUCAAUAUCUUCGUCUCCGAAAGCCAUUUGCAAUUCAUCCUCCACCACGUCCUGCUCUUCCACGACUUCGCAGCAACACAACAAGAAGUUGAGAUUUGAGGACUCGGUGGAUUUCAUCGGACUGGAUGUGAAGAUGGCCGAGGAGUCGAGUAACCCUUCUGCGUCUUGUUCUAAGGCAAAAAACGUGUUCCUGCCCGGAGGUGUGGGGCAUCAUGCGAACGGACUCACCAAGACUGCGGGCUCCUCUACAUUCUCAAACAGUAAACCCGGUGCUGCAAAGAAACUUGUUAUCAAGAACUUUAAAGAAAAGCCAAAAUUACCAGAGAAUUACACAAAUGAGACCUGGCAGAAGCUAAAGGAGGCGGUGGAAGCCAUACAGAACAGCACUUCAAUAAAAUACAACCUUGAAGAGCUUUAUCAGGCUGUUGAAAACCUGUGUUCACAUAAGAUAUCUGCCAAGCUCUAUAAACAGCUCAGAGUGGUUUGUGAAGACCAUAUCAAGGCCCAGAUUGACCAGUUCAGAGAGGAUGCUCUAGACAGUGUUCUCUUUCUGAAGAAAAUAGACAAAUGUUGGCAAGAUCACUGCAGACAAAUGAUUAUGGUAAGAAGUAUAUUUUUGUUUUUGGAUCGCACAUACGUUUUACAAAAUUCAAUGCUGCCCUCAAUCUGGGAUAUGGGUUUGGAGUUGUUUCGUUCCUAUAUCAUCAGCGACCUAAAGGUGCAAAGUAAGACAAUCGCCGGGAUUCUGCUUCUUAUUGAGAGAGAGCGGAGUGGGGAGGCCGUAGACCGUACUCUCUUGAGGAGUCUUUUGAGCAUGCUGUCAGAUCUGCAGAUAUAUCAGGAUUCAUUUGAGCAGCGUUUUCUGGAAGAGACAAAUCGACUGUAUGCUGCAGAGGGCCAGAGGCUCAUGCAGGAGAGAGAGGUGCCAGAAUAUCUCCAUCAUGUUAAUAAACGUCUAGAAGAGGAGGCUGACAGAGUCAUCACAUACUUGGAUCAGAGCACACAAAAACCCCUCAUUGCCACAGUAGAAAAGCAACUACUUGGAGAACAUCUUACAGCAAUACUACAGAAAGGUUUGAAUAACCUGCUGGAUGAGAACCGUAUUGAGGAUCUGUCUCUGCUGUAUCAGCUCUUCAGUCGUGUCAGGGGUGGCGUGCAGGUUCUCCUGCAACAUUGGAUAGAGUACAUCAAGGCAUUUGGAAGCACAAUAGUCAUCAACCCAGAGAAAGACAAGACGAUGGUACAGGAGCUUCUGGAUUUCAAGGAUAAAGUCGAUCACAUCAUUGACAUAUGCUUCAUGAAGAAUGAGAAGUUUGUGAAUGGCAUGAAGGAGGCGUUUGAGACCUAUAUCAACAAACGGCCAAACAAACCUGCCGAGCUCAUAGCAAAAUAUGUGGAUUCAAAGCUUCGUGCAGGAAACAAGGAAGCAACCGAUGAGGAACUUGAGAAAAUGUUGGACAAGAUAAUGAUCAUAUUCAGGUUCAUUUAUGGCAAAGAUGUUUUCGAGGCAUUCUACAAGAAAGAUUUAGCGAAGAGGUUACUGGUGGGAAAGAGUGCUUCUGUAGAUGCGGAAAAAUCAAUGUUGUCCAAACUGAAGCAUGAAUGCGGAGCUGCAUUUACCAGUAAGCUGGAAGGAAUGUUCAAAGACAUGGAGCUUUCAAAAGACAUUAUGGUCCAGUUCAAACAGCACAUUCAAUGUCAAAAUAUUCCUGGGAACAUUGAGCUGACAGUGAACAUUCUCACAAUGGGUUAUUGGCCAACUUACGUCCCCAUGGAAGUGCAUCUCCCACCGGAGAUGGUGAAACUCCAGGAGAUUUUCAAGACGUUUUACCUGGGCAAACACAGUGGAAGGAAGCUACAGUGGCAGUCAACAUUAGGACACUGUGUGCUUAAGGCAGAAUUUAAAGAGGGCAAGAAAGAGCUCCAGGUGUCACUGUUUCAGACAUUAGUUCUGCUUAUGUAUAAUGAAGGGGAGGAGUUUUCUCUGGAGGACAUAAAGCUGGCUACAGGCAUCGAGGACGGCGAGCUGAGGCGGACCCUGCAGUCACUAGCCUGCGGAAAAGCACGUGUUCUUAUGAAAACCCCAAAGAGCAAAGAUGUGGAAGACGGAGACAAGUUCUUAUGUAACGAUGAUUUCAAACACAAACUCUUCAGGAUUAAAAUCAACCAGAUCCAAAUGAAAGAAACGGUGGAAGAGCAGGCCAGCACUACAGAGAGAGUAUUCCAAGACCGUCAGUACCAAAUCGACGCUGCCAUCGUUCGAAUCAUGAAGAUGAGGAAGACUCUCAGCCAUAAUCUUCUGGUGUCUGAGGUGUACAACCAACUCAAAUUCCCAGUCAAGCCUGCUGAUCUAAAGAAGAGGAUAGAGUCACUUAUUGACAGGGACUACAUGGAAAGGGAUAAGGAAAAUCCCAAUCAAUACAACUAUGUGGCUUAAAGAAUGAGAGGUGUAGAUGAGGGAUGGAAGAAAUGACAAGAGGAGGCUGUUUUCAGUGACGUCGUUAACUUCACUUAGCACAUGGAACUCCUCGUUCCAGAUUUUGUUCACUUUAUCAUCUUCACCACGGUGACCAAUAACUGAUUCGGUUUUCUCUUUCUGGAUUUGUUUGGCUCUACCCCCCCUCAGAAUGGCACGUCUCUUUAAAAACAAGAGAAACUAUAAUACAGGAUUAUGUCGAUUAAUUGCUUAUUAAAGAGAAUUGGACUAUCCCGAGUUAAAAAACUAUUUAUUUCUUGGUUUCAUGGCUAUUAUUUGUCUCUGCCAUGUUGUGUUUUUUUUUUUCCCCCAUUGUGUGUUUCAUGCAAUUGUCACUUAACAUCGACUUAUUACCCGUGCAAAGAAACCAGUACCAGAUUGAUCAAAAUAGACUUGUUUGUUCAGUCGAUGUUGUAUUAGGUACCAGUGUAUAAACAUUGAAAAUAGGAUUUCUUUUUGCCAACGUUUUUGAUAAACGGAAAAAUGAUUCAAUCAUUCAGCUGGUUGGUCACAAGCAAUUUAUGUUCUGUGAAUGUGAUUUGUUGAUGAAUAGAACAAUUGAGGCUGAUUGGAAAUUUCACAGUAUGUGCCAAGAUUAGGUAAACCAAGCACUUGUUUGUUCGUAGAAAUGUUAACGCUGCUAAACACUAACUUGUACAUCUUCCUUAGUCUUCUUCUCCCUGCUUCUACCAUCUCGCAUUUCCUCCUCUUGUUUAUUUUGUAUAUACAUUUUACACUCAAAUUUGAUGUUUGACACUCAGCUACAUUGCGACCGAAAUCUUUCACCAGAAACUUUGACAAGCACAGCAGCACCGUUUUAUCAUCCAAGUGUUUCCAAGUUUAUAUAUAAUUUCAGUUCUCAAUUUGGCCUAUAUACUGAGAAACUCCUCUGUGUGGCAUCACUGGAUCUGUGGAAUUUUGGGCAAUGGUGUUUUGAGAAAUCAUACUUAAGUGGACAGUUGUCCAGUGUCUGGAAAGUAUGCUUGUUUUUAUUGCCUCAGAAUAAACAACUAUGUGUUUCCAUGA